AUGGACUCCCCUAUUGUACAUUCCGCUUACGACCCGUCCGGUCAAUAUCUGUGCUAUGUCACUGUAGCUUUGGAUAAGCAACGUGUUGGUGUGCAGCCCACUCAAAGAGCUACUUCCUCCGGAAUCGACACUGUAUGGAACGAAAACUUCCUGUAUUUGGACGACUCUAAAUUGAAAGUUACGUGCUUGAAGUGGGUGACUUUGGCCUCUUCAGACACUGUGGCUAUUAUACUGGGUAUGAAUAACGGUGAAAUCUGGCUGUAUUCCGUAUUGGCGAACGAGGUCACUUAUAAAUUCACUACGGGAAAUUCGUAUGAGAUUAAAGAUCUAGAUUUGAUGGGCGACCAGCUGUGGUGCAUUGACUCCAACGACAUGUUUUACCAGUUCGAUCUUUUACAAUUCAAAUUAUUACAGCAUUUUAAAAUAAACGACUGUGUCCAAUUGAGUAGAUUGGCCAUUGUUCCCGCAGCCAAUUCAGCUACGCAACUCUUGGUGGCAUCUCAUUCCAUUUCCUUGAUUGAUAUCAAAGAGAAAAAAGUGGUAACGACAUUCCCAGGUCAUGUAUCCCCAGUUUCCAUAUUGAGGAAUAUAACCAGUGAUUAUUUCAUAUCUGGUGCAGAAAACGACAGAUUUUUGAAUGUAUACGACAUCCACUCUGGUAUGACCAAAUGUGUUCUGGUGGCUGAAGCAGAUAUCAGAGAAGUAUCCCAUUCUGGUCAAGCAGACUCUAUUGUAGUCACCACUGAAGAUGGUAAUCUAGAGAUCUUUGUCGAUCCAUUAAUUUCAAAUUCAACAAAGAAAAGAGGUAACAAGUCUAAGAAAUCUACCAAGAAGGUCCAGAUCGCUAGUAAAGAUAGCAAAAAGGUUCCGAUUUAUAAUGCCUUCAUAAAUAAAGACCUAUUGAACGUUUCGUGGUUACAAAACGCUACAAUGCCAUUUUUCAAAAACUUGCAAUGGAAAGAGCUGCCUAAUGAAUACACCGUUGAGAUAACUUUAGGUUUGAAUAUCAAAAAUAAAUCCGCCGACCGUGAUUUACAUGGCAAAGAUCUCGCUGCAGCCACAAACUAUGUGGAAGGUAAUGCAAGAGUCACUUCAGGUGAUAACUUUAAGCACGUUAAUGAUGCUAUUAAGAGUUGGGAAAGAGAAAUGACGUCUUUGGAACAAGACCAACCCAAAUCCCCAGGGACAAACGAACUACUAACCGAAUCUUUUGGUGAUAAGCUGGAAUCGGGMACCAUUGCAAGGCUCAACGGGAAAAAGAACAACUCGAAAACUUCCAAUCUCAAGACCGCGACUACAACAGGUACAGUCACGGUCAUCCUGUCACAAGCAUUACAGUCAAACGAUCAUUCGCUCUUGGAGACCGUACUCAAUAACCGUGACGAAAGAGUCAUUAGGGAUACGAUUUUUCGACUACAACCAGCCCUGGCUGUCAUUCUAUUGGAAAGGUUAGCCGAGAGAAUUGCAAGACAAACUCACCGUCAAGGACCACUGAAUGUUUGGGUCAAAUGGUGUUUGAUCAUACACGGUGGCUAUUUGGUUUCCAUUCCAAACCUUAUGUCUACUCUGUCUUCGUUGCAUUCCACAUUGAAAAGGCGUUCCGAUUUGUUACCAAGACUGCUAGCACUGGAUGCCAGACUGGAUUGCACUGUAAAUAAAUUCAAGAGUUUGAGUUACGAAACGAGCGAUGUCUACUCGUCAGAAACAGUUGUUGAUGACGAUGAAAGUGACGUUGAAUACAAUGAAGAACUCGACGAUGCCGGCCUUAUAGARGAUGGCGAAGAAUCUUAUGGAAGUGAAGACGAAGAAAGUGAUAGCGACGAUAACGAAGAGGAGAAACACGUCUCUCCAAAACAAGAUGGACGCUUAGAAGAAGAGCAGGUUGACCACGAAGAAGAGGAAGCCGGUUAUAGUGAUGUUGAAAUGGAAUAG